GUGGGUGAAAAAAAAAAAAAGUUGGGUCUGAUUUGCUGGAAUCGCGCAGGACCGAAGGUGCACCGGUCGAUUUCAUAUCAAGUUUGCUCAAAGCUGGGGGUGAACAUCACACACUCGGCGCCCCUCUGAAGCUUCACGCUUUAAUGAGAUAUCACCGCACCGAGACGCGCAAACAGCCUCAUGUAGUUGGAGGACACAGCGGACAGAAACAGAAAGAGCACCGUUCGCACCGGCUUUACGAGUACAAUCUGCUUGUCAGCAACAACAACGAAAAAAAUAACCUGCGUAAAAUCGCAUUUUUCUUCCCUCUGCGGUGACGACAAUCUUUGGCGAUAAAGAAAUCCAUGGAUGUUCUUGGAUAACUGCUUCUUCCUUUUUUUGGUGUUUUUACGCGGAGAGCUGCUCCACAGUCUUUGCAUGGUGCACAUCGGUCCAGGAAUGGCGCGAUAAAGUGAUCAGAGGAAUCAGUCCAAGUACAUUCACUUUCUGUGUUGCCGUCUCGUCAUGUAUUCCCCGAUUUGUCUAACUCAGGAUGAAUUUCAUCCCUUCAUCGAGGCACUUCUCCCUCAUGUCCGUGCCAUCGCCUACACGUGGUUCAACCUCCAGGCCAGAAAACGCAAGUACUUCAAAAAGCACGAGAAGCGAAUGUCCAAGGACGAGGAGCGCGCGGUGAAGGACGAGCUUCUGAGCGAGAAGCCCGAGGUGAAGCAGAAAUGGGCAUCCAGGCUGCUGGCCAAGCUGCGUAAGGACAUUCGGCAGGAGUACCGGGAGGACUUUGUCCUCAGCGUGACGGGCAAGAAGCCCCCGUGCUGUGUGCUAUCCAACCCGGACCAGAAGGGCAAGAUCCGCCGAAUCGACUGUUUGCGGCAGGCCGACAAAGUUUGGCGUCUGGACCUGGUGAUGGUCAUCCUCUUCAAAGGCAUCCCUCUGGAAAGUACAGAUGGCGAGCGCCUUGUCAAGUCCCCACAUUGCACCAACCCAGCACUUUGUGUCCAGCCACACCACAUAACAGUAUCGGUCAAGGAGCUGGACUUGUUUCUAGCAUACUAUGUGCAGGACCAAGACUCGCAGCAGUCAGGAAGUCCAAGUAACAAUGAGCCAGGCAAGAACCCUCUUCCAGUAUAUUUGGAAGACAGUUUCAUCAAAUCAGGAGUCUUCAGUGUUGCAGAACUGGUGCGAGUGUCCAGAAUGCCCAUCACCCACGGUGCGGCGGUAAAUUUCUCCAUGGCUGACAUGCCCAGCCAACCCUACUACCAUGACCUGAACUCCAGCGUGGGACUGCAUCGCUCCCUGUCCUCCCCUCCCGGCAGCAAAAGGCCCAAAACCGUCAACAUGGAGGAGAACAUGGACACCAGCCCGACAGGACCUGACUUCUACUCGUCACCCAGCUCACCAGCCAGCAGUCGGGCAAACUGGCACGACAGAGACGGAGCAGACAUGUCCUCUCCUACCAUGAAGAAGCCAGAGAAGCCGCUGUUCAGCCCCACCUCCCCGCAGGACUCAUCACCACGACUCAGCACUUUCCCUCAGCCUCAUCACCCAGGCCUAACUAGUGUAGGACACAGUGUUAUAUCGACGAGGAGCCCACCUCCGCACUCGCCCCUGCAGUUCUCGGCCUCGGCCAUCCUGCCCCCGGCGCCGUCGCCUUACUUCUCGCACACCACCAUCCGCUACCCGCCCCACCUCAACCCUGCUGAUCCCCUCAAGAGCUACGUGCCGUCGUAUGACCCGUCCAGCCCGCAGAGCAGCCAGCCUAACAGCAGUGGUCAGGUGGUUGGAAAGGUCCCAGGCCACUUCACCCCGGUCCUGGCUCCCUCCCCACAUCACGGCGCUGUGAGACCCGUCUCGCUCUCCAUGCCCGACACCAAGCCCAUCACCACGUCAACAGAAGGCUACUCAGCCCCUGGCACCCCGACGGCUAAUCGUUUUGUAGGCCUGAGCCCUCGAGAUCCCGCCUUCCUCCACCAGCAACAGCUGAGGAAGUGUGACUGGAGCGUGACUCAAAACGGCAGGCAUUAUGGCCCCAGUGCCACUGACGACACUUUGGGGAUUACUUGGCAAAGUCCUGGUACCUGGGCGAGCUUAGUUCCAUUCCAAGUGUCGAACGGGACUCCGAUUCUGCCAACAAAUGUCCACCAGAACUACAGCAUAAACAUCAUUGGUGAGCCCCUGGUCCCCGCCGAGACAGGGAACUGAACCCACCGAGGACGGCCGGAUGACCCCCCCGGGGUGGAUGGGCGGGUGGGGGUGUUGAUGGCGCAGAGCUAGCACUACAGGUGUCCGCAGCCAUGGAUGAAACCAGCAAAAGCAGCAGGUGCUGCAUAAACCCCCCCAACCCCCAUCUCACCCUCUUCCACGUACCACCCCCCCCACCCCCACCC